UUAACUAACGGUUAAUCAGAUAGAAGUUAUGUUGAGUAAUAUUUUAUGAAUUUCUCAAACUUAAAGAUUUAAUGAACUUUGAUAGAAAAAUUUUAAUAAAUCUUUUAAAUUUUACAUAUUCAUGUGCGUGCACUUUGAGGUAAAUGGAUCGUUCCUGGGGUUUGAAAAUACGUAAAGAAAAGAAGCUGAUUAAAAAUCGGCGGAGUUGGAGGAAGACCUUUACAGAUUGAUCUAUUUUUACCAAAUAAAAUUAAUUAGAAAUUACAAUAAAAACUAAUAUUUUUAAUUAAGAAAAUGAGAAGUUAAGUUUAACUAAAAGAUAUUCAAUUGCAAUAAUUUACGGUAAAAACAACUUUGUAAAAAAUAACGAUGGUUAGUCUUUUUCUUAGCGAUUAUCGUCGAAUAUAAAAAUAAAAAAAUAAGAACACAUCUAAAGAAAGAGGACCGCCGAAAAAUAAUUGGCGGGAGUGGUGGAAGGCCUUUAUAAUACAGAUUGAUCUGUUUUUACUGAAUAAAAUUUUAAUUAGAAAUUACAUUAAAAACUAAUACUUUUAUUUAAGAAAAUACAAACUCAUGUUUAAUAAAAAUGUAUUCAAUCACAAUAAAACAUAUGAUAAAAACAAAACAGUCAUGUAAAAAAAUAUACGUUGUUUGUAGUUCUUGUUUUGCGAUUAUCGUCGGAUAAUAUAUAAUAUAAUGUUUAUUCAUGAUUAUACAUAUAUAUUAAUCAUAUUUUAUAAUAUUAUAGAUGUAUAUGGACAUAGCAUGGGAGAGAGAGAGAAGUGCAUAUUAUCUGUAAGGUCCAUCAUAGACUUAAAAUAGGUCAAUAUGCACGUUGUGCACAUAGAGGCGUGGAUGGAAAGAUAACAUUGCGGGCUUGCGGACAAUGAGUAAAUUCAAACCUUAAAUUUUGAACGAAGAACGAAAUGUGUUACACACAUAACCUUAAAUAAGUAUCUUAACCUUCAUGAACCGGUGGAAGGCAGUUAAAAAGGAACAAAAUAAUCUGCUACUGGAAAUUACUUGGUGAAAGUUUUAAAUUUCAAAUAAAUACUCUCUUUUGGGAACGUUAAUCAUCUUCGUGGUGAAAAUCCGCGACGAAUCCGCUCAUAUAUCACGAUGAGCGUGUUCAUGCAGAGGUUAAGUCAUCCCCUGCGAGGUGCGUACUCGGCUCUCUUAAGACUAGGCUGCGACAACGGCAACCAUCCAUGCCGGGUGCUAGGUGCGAUAUCAAAGCGGAGGUAUAACACUCCGAACACAGUGUGGAUCAAUCCAGGAAGGGCCCAGGACCCAGCAAUGGUAUCUGCAGUCAUCGGAGUUAGCAAGGAGGCCGCUAACAAGGACGGCUACGUCGUUAACGAGGACGACAUUUAUACCGUCCAGGAGUACGUACCAGAGAACACGUAUGCUCACAAUUUCUUCUUGAAUUCGCUAAAAUAUGCAAAUACUGUGAUGCAACCAGGCACGACGUAUGCUUGUGUCACGAACGAAGAAGCACUAAACAUCCUGGAACAGGAUUGGAGCUCGAUUACGAGUACCGAAACGGUGUCUGCCGUCAAGAAGUUGUCCUACAACAUUAAUCAAAACAAUGAGAAGAUUGAACCACUCAAGUACAUGAAGGCAUUCAAUACACUGAAUCUGCAAAAGCUGACUGAUAAUGAUGUGAUGACAGUUAUGCGGCACUUGGUACCAUUCAGCACCUAUAUGACACAGUGCGAUUUCUAUAACAAUCUCUGUGAACGGAUAGACAGAGAGUGUAUGAUACGUUUCUUGCAUUUGCCUAUAGAGAAAAUGUUGUAUCUCUGUGACGUAAUGUACCAGAUAACACCCAAACAUGGAUCUGGUGCUUACUUUUAUAAAUUUUAUUCGCAAUAUGUAUGGUAUUCCAUUAGGCAUCUAGGCAAUAAGCCGCACAAGCUCAGUCCUGAGCAGCUGGUCCAAGUUUUAUUCUUUUUAAACGUGUAUCGAAAACCGCCUAUAAACAUGUAUGAGCUCGAGUUCCGAUUGGAACAGUGCAUAGAUGAUUUGUCGAUCAAGGAGUUGGCUAUAGCAGCAUUAGGCUUUUUCAAGACCAGGACAAAAAUCAGAAACAAAGUCUUCUUGAAUAAUAUCAUCCAUAAGACCAUAGCCGAAAUAGAUACAGUGGAUACUGUGAGCAUUGGAGGCAUCAUAAAAUUAAUACGAUACAGUAUGCAGCUUACGGAAGUAAGAUCAUUUAUAGAUUUAUUAAAGGUUCUGACGCCAUAUGUGUCACGUUACACGUUAAUGUCUCUAGCACACAUUUCACAAGCAUGUGGGAGAAUCGCUGUGUACGAUAAAAAGUUUAUGGAUAAAAUAAUUAAAAGAUUAAAUGAGGAAUUGCAGACUGCGAGGUUGAAAGAUAUUGAAAGAUUUCUCUUUACUUUUUCCAUUCUUAAUAUUGAUUCAAGCAUCUACCAGAACAUAGUUGAGGAAUUGAGAGGCAGUUGGGAUACUACUCGAGCGUCUGAAAUAAAAAAGUUUCCGAGUGUACCAGCACGUAUUCUAGGAUAUAUGGCAGUACAAAAUGUAUACCCGAAAGAUCUGAUCAAACGCGUUAUGACGCCAGAAUAUGUGAUCAAGACGUGCUUUGGUAAUUACAAAUAUCUCUCGCGUGAGUACUGCGUGCUGGAUUACGGCCUUCGGAUAGAAGUACCCGAGUACGAUGGCCCAUUUCUUAAACCUAACGUAAGAACUUCUAUAGAGAAGAAAUAUUACGACUUAGCUGCAGAGACCAAGUCGGAAUCGACUUGGGCAAAUUCGCUUUUCUCAGACGUUCUGGCAACAUGUCAGAAAUUGUUCAACACUACGUCGGAUAUAUUGGUCACUCGUCCAUUACCGCACUUUGCGGUAGAAGACAUUAUCUUCUGUCUGGACGAACAAAAUCAGCUUGUGCCAUCAGAGAAAUUCUUAUCGCAGUUUGAAUCGAGUGAUAUUAAACCCGUAAAUGAGGAAACUUCGAAUAAAGUCAGAUGGAUCGCUCUCGUCAUAGGACAUCAUGGAUUAUUAAUCAGGAAUUUUUCAUCACCUACCGGACCCUUAGCUGCGAAACUAAGACAGUUGUCUAUAAUUGGCUACACGCCAAUUAUGAUAUUAAAUCACCCUUGGAACAUAAAUAAAACAUCGCAGGAGAAAUGUGAUUAUCUUAGAAAGCUUAUCUUUCGAGAUGAUGUGUCCAAAUUGUCCAAUACUGUAUAGUAGUACGUAAAAUACGCGAAGUGAGACAUUUUGUAUAUAUUUUAUUAGGAAAAAUAUUUCUUUUAUAAUAUAAAA